CGGCGACCGCGGAGUAGUACAAACGUCAUGGCGGUCAUUAAAAUCCAUUUAUUAGCACUAGCAGUGUUUUGCUCGGUGCAAUCAAGAGCAGCGUCGUACGAAGUUCCGCCUGCGAAAUUGGAAGCCAUAUACCCUAAAGGACUACGAGUAUCUGUUCCAGAUGAUGGCUUCUCCCUCUUCGCCUUCCACGGUAAUCUUAACGUGGAAAUGGAUGGCCUGGAAGCAGGACAGUGGGCAAGAGACAUCACUAAAGUGAAAGAUGGAAGGUGGACCUUCAGAGACCGCAACGUUGAACUGAAAAUCGGGGACAAGAUUUACUUCUGGACUUAUGUCAUCAAGAAUGGCUUGGGGUACCGGCAGGAUGAUGGGGUAUGGGAGGUUACUGGAUACGUUGACGAAGAGGGUAAACCAGUAAAUCCUGCCACACCACAACCACCAGCCAUGCCGAAACCCGUCGUAGACGCUCCCGUUAUCCCCAAACCAAUCUCUCCUAGUUGCACGGUCUCACAGACAGUGGUUGCAGGACUGAACGCUGUGUGCAAAAACAGUUUGCUGUUUAGUGAGGAGUUCAACAAGGACAGUGUUGACAGCUUGGUAAAUUGGCAAGCUGAGCAUAAAUUUUUGGAUGAACCGGAUUACCCUUUCAACCUGUACAUGUCGGAUGGCACAAUGAGUAUAAAAGAUGGUAACCUGGUCAUAGCACCAGUUCUGACUGAAGACAAGUAUAAUGAUAGAAUUAUCUAUGACAAACUGGACUUAAGCAAUAAGUGCACAAGUACAUCGGUCUUAGAUUGUAGACGAGAGGCAUCAGGAGCUCAGAUCCUGCCACCCGUAAUCACCGGGAAGAUUACCACGAAAAACAAGUUCGCUUUCAAGUUCGGCAGGAUUGAAGUCAGAGCCAAGAUGCCUAAUGGCAAUUGGUUGAUACCAGAAAUCAAUCUUGAACCGCUAGAAAACUUCUACGGCCCUCACCGCUACGAGUCAGGACUGAUGAGAGUUGCCUUCGUCAAAGGGAAUCCGACGUUUGCCAAGAAGCUCAUGGGAGGACCAGUCCUUGGCGAUACAGAGCCCUUCAGGUCAUAUCUCCUGAAAGAGAAGAUCGGCAUCGAGAAUUGGAACAAGGACUUCCAUAAUUACACUUUAAUUUGGAGACCAGAUGGUCUAACCUUGUUUGUGGAUGGCGAGCAAUACGGGACUGUAGACCCCGGUGAAGGUUUUUACAACGCAGCGCGUCAGAACGCGGUGCCCCAUGCCUCGCAGUGGCUUAAAGGAAGCCUCAUGGCACCCUUAGACCGGACUUUCUAUCUAGCUCUUGGACUUCGCGUGGGCGGUAUAAACGACUUCGCUGACGCACCAGACAAGCCAUGGACGAACCGCGGCCGCAAGGCUCUUGUCAGCUUCUAUGAGGGGAAGAGCGGGUGGGAACCCACCUGGUACGACGCUAAUCUCAAAGUAGACUAUAUAAGGGUUCAUUCUUUGUAAAUUAAGAACACCUAUAGAUCGAUCUGGAAUAUAUACAUACCUUUAAGCAACGAUCAUUAUGCAAAAGAACUUGUGGUCGUUUAAAUUCGUGAACCUCGCGAACUGUUGAUUAGGCAUAAUAAACUGAAUACUAAACGUAAUGUGUGACAAUCUUUGAUUACACUUUUAUGACUAAAAGAAGGUAUAAAUUAUAUUUUGAGCUUUUCGUUCAAAAACGGAGUUACGAGGUUUUCAAAUUUAGCCGACGAAAUAAUAAUGUUUUAAUAUUUAUAUUCUAAAGGUAAAGGAAAAACAGCAUUAUUGGUACUUUUUAUUACCAGCUAAUUAAGAGCUUAAAUGUAAAAAAAUACGACACAGGCUGUCAGAGUCAGCACUUCUCCGAAAUACCUGCUGGUAAACAAAGUCACCAACGAGAAAAGUCCAAAGGUCAUGAUUGCGCAAUUGUUACAAAUGUAUACAAGUCUUUUUAAUGGUACUAAGGAAGAACGAAUCGUGGACCUGGUAGUAAGCAACAAGUCCCAUGUGCUUGUCAUUGUCACCAGCACCAUUACCCAAGUCAUCUGACUUUGUUAUAACUAUAUUUUAUCACGUAUAUUUGUUUUUUCAAACAAACCAAGCAACGUUUUGAUCUACGCAAUUUAGAGCCGAAACAAUACUUUCGUUUCCUAAAACCUGAAAACUCGAUCUAAGUUAAUAUUAAUGUUCGAUUCAGAUGUCAAAGCUACCUAUUUACCUUGUGAAAUUAAUCUAAUACAAUGUGACUG